AUGGUACCACCCGUGCAAUACGGUGGCGACGAGGUAUCCGCGCUCGUACUCGACAUCGGCUCGGACACGAUACGCGCCGGUUACGCUGGCGAAGACACGCCCAAGACGAUCUUCCCCUCCGUCUACUCGACCGUACCCGCGUCCGAGGCCCAUCCGACCCCUUCCUACAUCCACGGCAACUCGGUGCACCUGUACCGCCCCCACGCCGUGCACUCGACGUUCGUCUCGGAUGGCUUGGUCACCGAUUGGGAAGCGGCGGAGAGGGCGAUCGACCAUGCGUUCCUCGACCGGAUGCGCCUCGAGAACCUCGCCGAGUUCCCCCUUUUGACGACCGAACCGAGUUGGAAUACGCAGGGCAACAAGGAGAAGAUGUGCGAGUUGGCGUUCGAAAAGUACCACGCGCCGGCGUACUAUGCCGUCGACAAGGCCGUCAUGUCCGCGUCAGUCAAGCUUGUGACAGACAAGCUCGUGAGCCUGUUCACUGACUGGACGGCGAAUCUGCUGCACAGCUUUGCCUCUGGAAAAGGAUCGGCACUCGUCGUCGACGUAGGACACGAACUCACGACCAUCACUCCCAUCUAUGACGGAUUCGUGCUCCGAAAAGGUGCGCACGCGGAAACCGAUUAGACCAACCGAAUGUGAAGCUGAGCUUGGUUGGCAUCGCACAGCUAUACAAAAACAACCGACCGGCGGUCGUCUCUUGUCGCAAUUGCUGCUCGAAAACCUCAAGAGCCAGGAACCGCCCGUCGAGAUUGUGCCGCAUUACCUCGUCAAACAAAAGACCGCCGUCGAUCCGAACCAGCCAGCAAAGGCUCAGCUCAGGUGAGCCAUCAUGUCCAGUUGGGCAUACAUAGCACACUAACUGACUGUGUAUGGUACCAACCACAGGGACGAACGAAUGCCCAAUCCGGAGGACCCCUCGUGCCCGACCACGCCUUCGUACCACCUCUCGCAGGAAAUGCGCGUCAUGCACGAGUUCAAAGAGACCACCUGCGAGUUCCUCACCACACCCAACUGGAGCGACGAGUGCGUUGUAGAGCUAUCAUAUCCCCCCACGCCCUCCCGUGCUGACUCGUCCUUUCCCCACCGCACAGACUGCUCGCGACCAAGCCGACGCGACCGUUCGAGUUCCCCAACGGCUUCAACUCGUAUUUCGGCCCCACACCACGCAACACCGUCCCCGAAGUCCUCUUCAACCCUUCCAAAUACCUCCCCUCGUCCUUCCUCUCCCUCCCGCUCCCCAGCUCGGCCUCGACCAUCCCUUCGCACGCUUACUCCUCCCUCCUCCCCCUCCAAAAACUCAUCACCGCGUCCCUCAUCCAGAUCGACCCCGAUCUCCACUCCACCUUCUUCAGCAACAUCGUCGUCACAGGUGGAACAACGCUCUCCCAAGGGUUCGUCGAUCGUCUUUCCGCGGAAAUGGGAUUGGUGGCGGGCAAUGCAAAGGUCAAGAUUCAUGCGGCUUCGAGUCCGAGUGAGAGGGUUCAUUCGAGUUGGUUGGGUGCGAGUAUCUUGGCUAGUUUGGGUACGUUCCAUCAGCUUUGGAUUGGGAAGGAUGAGUACGAGGAGGUGGGUAAAUCUAUUGUUAGUCGUAGGGCGGCUUGA